UCAUGAUUUCUCAUCAUUCAGUCAAGCGCGAUUCGUUUAACUGUUAAGUGAACAUUUAUGUUAUUAAGCUAAACCAGCAUAAGCAAAUUGAUUGUUUGCCAUUAGCUAAACGCGUCACUACUUAAACGGAGAUUUUUUGGACUUCAGGGGCUUCCAAGGUUAAAAAUGUUAUCUAAGUGCCGGGUAGCCAGCCGACUGACCAGACCGGUGUCCAGGGAACAAUUAAGGCUGAUUAGCAGUAAAGAGGUAAUUGAAAAAGAGGACAAAUAUGCAGCGCACAACUACCAUCCCAUACCGGCCGUAUUGAGUAAAGGCAAAGGCGUUUUCGUUUGGGAUGUUGAGGGCAAACGCUACUUUGACUACCUGAGCGGAUACUCGGCCAAUAAUUUCGGCCACUGCCAUCCAAAAAUCCUGGAAGCGCUGGAAAAACAGUCCAAAAUCCUCCAUCACACUUCCAGGGCGUUUUUCAAUGAUGUACUGGGAGAAUAUAGCGAAAAAGUUACCAAACUGUUCGGGUAUGAUAAAUUGCUGCCAAUGAAUACAGGCGUGGAGGCCGACGACACUGCUUGCAAACUGGCCAGAAAAUGGGGCUACAAGAAAAAAAACAUCCCGAAAAACCAGGCGAAGCUGAUCUUCUGCAGUGAGAACUUCUGGGGCCGAUCAUUAGCUGCGGUGUCAGCUUCAACGGAUCCCGACAGCUUCGAAGGCUACGGGCCAUUCAUGCCUGGCUUCUCCUGUGUGCCCUACAACGACUUAAAGGCGCUGGAGACCGCGCUUUGCGAUCCAUUGGUGUGUGGAUUCAUGGUGGAACCCAUCCAAGGCGAAGCUGGCAUUAAAGUGCCCGAUGAGGGCUACCUUAAAGGCAUCAGGGAGCUUUGCACUAAGUACAACGUUUUGUGGAUAGCUGAUGAAAUACAAACAGGAUUGGGCAGAACGGGGAAGCGAUUAGCUGUGGACUAUGAAGACGUUAAGCCCGACAUUCUGGUGCUAGGCAAAGCCUUGGGAGGAGGAGUUUACCCAGUUUCGGCAGCUUUAGCUGACGACUCAGUCAUGCUAGUUAUUGAGCCAGGUACGCAUGGAUCGACUUUUGGUGGCAACCCGCUCGGAUGCCGAGUGGCAAUCGCAUCUCUGGACGUUCUAGAAAAGGAAGGAAUUAGCGAAAACGCCUACAAAAUGGGCGAAAUAAUGCGAAAGGAACUCAGCAGUAGAAUCAACAAGAAAGUUGUCUGCGAAAUCAGGGGCAAGGGGCUCUUGAAUGCCAUCGUUAUGAACAGAAAUUACGCCGAGGCUUGGGACGUUUGCCUUCAACUAAAAGAAAAAGGCCUGCUAGCAAAACCCACCCAUGAUGACAUAAUUCGUUUCGCCCCGCCUUUAAUAAUCAAUGAACAAGAACUUUCCGAAUCCUUAGAAAUCAUUGUGAACACAAUCAACAGCAUUCCCACAUGACAAACCUUUCCAACAACAAUCCAGACUGGUUCCCCACAUUAUUAAGGCGAGUUUGUAUAUAUAUUUUAUUAUGUGGCGUUUCACAAAUAUAUCUAUAUAAUACUCUUA